CAGACAUACGUUCACAUGAGCAGCGACAAAUGCGCAGCAAUCCGUAGCAAAUACAAUAGGGUCCAUGACACAUGAUAGAGAGUUAACCAAUCCAUCCAUGGCGUGGCAGACAAGUCAGCCGCACAGAAGUCCUGAGGGCCGGGUGUCUGUUCAAUCAAAAGAACUGCCUGCACUUGUUGCUGCCGCAGAGGCACCUCUCCUGCUCGUUGUCGUUUUCGGGCAGCGACAGUUUGUAGUCGUAGCACAGCUCCUCGCCGGGCUGGAUGUCCCGUUUGGCGUAGAUGGCCACACGCCGACUGGCGUCCUUGGUCGGCCCACCCCUGCCCCUCGACCCGCCCCGCUGCUGCCGCGACAUGCCCUGAGACGAUCCCUGGACAGACAAACGAGGGGAGGGGACACACAAACAAGCAAACCACGCAGAAACGAAUGGAUGGAUGGGAGGUUGCCGUGCCGCAAGUGAUUGACUGUGUGGUUGGGAGGGAGAGAGGGAGGGUGGGGUGGCAUACGGGUAUUGGGUGUGAGUAGCAGUUGGGGUCGCACGAGUGGUUGAUGAACCUUGCCAGGUUGCCCUCGAGCGUGGCGUCGAUGGUGAAGUCACCGUUGGCAAACAUGUAGGUGCUCGUCUUGCCCAGCCGACUGCGAUACGACCGCUCCCUGACAGAACACACAGAUGAGGCGAGGCAGCUGGCAGAGCCCCAUGCCACGAGGGUUGGGUGGGUGGGUGGGUUGGGCGGGGGCGUGUGUGUUGACAUACGAUUGUUGCAACAGUGUGUGUACAUAAUGUGUGUACCUGAGGUUCUCCAGUUCGGCGGGAAUGAGUUCCCCAGUGUAUUCGAUGACCAUCUCGUCCCGUUUGAUGAAAUCCAACGCAAACAAACCCAACCUACAUACAUGACACACACCACACCGGACACGUGAGGGACAUAUGAUAUGAGAGACACCGACGCAAUCCACACACACACACAAGAUGUAUACAUACCAACCCUUCCUCCGACUUCCCUCCCUCCCUCCCUCCCCCUUGGCUGCGCUGCGUACCCUGCGAUUUUCGACUGGCCGAGGCGCGUGCGUUUGGCGGUGGAGUUCAAGGCGUUGUACCCCAGCUUCCCGGCGCCUUGUAGCUGCAGCGCCUUGUCCACACCACGAUGCAUCUCUGAUGGACGAUAUCAACAUACACACACAGGGUCGUGCUGUGCGGCGGCAUGUGUAGACGUCUGUGUGUCGGCCUAGGCCAUUGACCGACCGACUCACUUCUUUGUUCUCUGGACUUGUUCUUGUCUGCCUCCCUCAGCCGCGCCAGCACCUCGCUCUCCUUCUCCCACGCACGGCCCUCCGCCUGCACAACAAACACACACGGCACCGACAGAGCCGCGCCGCAUCACAGAGACAGUUCCACAAGAGGAUCACACGAGAGAGACUCAUGCAAGUGCCACGACUCUCUCUCCUUGGAUUCAUUAAUUCUCCGUACGUUACGUACAUUCAGGUAUGUCCCAUCCUGCAGGCAGCCAGCCAGAAAGACAGAGACAAGAAUGCAUACACACAACACAGACAGAUCGGAUCGAUCCACACCAUACAACACAACACAACACAACACAACACGUGUCUGUCGAGUGCAUCCAGCCAUCCAUCCAUCCAUCCAUUGUCCCCACAGUGUCCCACCUGUAGGAGUUCGAGUGGCAGGCGCUCGAGGAGCGACAAGUCGACCCGGCCCUCCCGCCUCGCGAGACCAAAGGAGGGAUCGAAGGGCAGGUGGCCAGAGAUGACGGUGCCGCUGCGGUCCGGGACCGGGUGGCCCAGGCCCAUCCAUGUGACCUUCUCAGCGCUCCACUUGCGGAACGGCUCCUUGUCAGGUAAAGCACCGCUGGUGCUGCCCUUGCUCCGCUGGUGGUGCUGGCUCCUCUUGCGUUUCUUCCCGCCGCCCUCUGUGGCCUUGCUGGCGGCCACCUCAGACGCUCCCACCCCACCCCCCUGGCUGUCCUUGAUCUGCCUGUACUCCCUGUACUGCCGCCAGAAGAAGGGAUUGAUAUACCGGGCACAGGUAGGAGGGGAUCCGCCGUAGGCCUCGUUGAAGAGCUCCAUGUCGCCCUCACGCAGGACCCUCUUCUCAUAGCCGUCAGCAUCCUCAGAUAAAGGAGGAGGAUCGAACGACUCGCCAUUGUCACCUUUCGCCGCUGCAGCGGGCUUGCAUGGCGGCAUGAGGGCGGUGUGGUGGGUGGGUGGUGCUUUGCCCUGCUCAGAGCUGGUGAAGUCGUCCAUCAUCAGGGGCUCUUGAUUGACGACACGAUCUGCCGCUGCCGGACCCGACACACGCCCGACAGCAGCCGGCAGCUUCCACUGCUCCUCUUCCGCCGAGAGAGGCCAUGGGACUGACCGGCCCGUCCCUUCGCCUCGUGUGUCGGCCGUUGGGAGCAUUGCAGAGGCGCUGGAGCUCAGGCAAAGCGGCAGCGACGCGUGCACUUGGCGAGGCGGCUGCGGCAAGGGGGGUGGAGGGGGCUCGAUCACCAUGCCGGGCUGGUGGAGAUGGAUGUCAUUCACCUCCUCCUCGGCUGCAUCCGCCUCUGCUGGCUGCCUCUUGCUGGCAGAGGCGGCCCCUCUGGAAGCAGCAGCUGCUGCUUUCUUGCCGCCCUGGGCCUUGGCCUGUGCCCGGGUGGCUGCUCUUGUCGACCUGCCAUGACCACCACCUGCCGCAGGCCUGAAGGUGGACCAACAGUGCAACGCAGAUGAAUCACUCACUGACUGGUGUGUGUCGGUCGGGGUGUCUGUCUCGCUGGCUGAGUGAAUCGGUCGCUCACUUCCUGACUGACUGACUUACCCAUUAUCCGGAUCAUCGUCAUCGUGUUCAUCCCUCUUGCGAUGCGCUGCCCCGCCUUGCGGCUCAUCGGAUGGCUGCUUGCCACGGGUGGUCCUCCGACGCUUGGCGAGUCUCUCGUCCUCUUGAUGGUCCUCUUCCUCCUUGGCCUCCUCCUCUUGAUGAUCAUCGUGCUGCUGGUGGUCGGCCUCGUGGUCACUCCUCUUGCCCACCCCAGUCCCCACGCUGCCCAGGCUGCGCAGACUAUACCCCCGUCUGAAGGGCGGCUGUCGCCUGUCGUGCUGCUGCAUGGCCUCAUCGGUGGGCGGCUCAUGGCGGCUCAUGUCGCCGCCAUCGCUCCCGGCGCGCGGCGUCUUGCCUUUGCUCUUGCGUCUUGAAACGAGGUCCUCCUCCUCGGACCCUUCGUCUGCCUCGUGGGCCGCUGCUGCUGCAGGAGCAGCCGCCUUCUUGGCCUUCUGAGUGGCUGCUUGCGCAAGAUCCCGAAUUUUGGACAUUGUCAAGCCUCGCUUCGGCCGCGCCACACUGCGACGCUUGGAGGGCGAAGGAACCCCACCGUCGUCAUCCUUGUCCUGAUCACCGGCACCUGGUGUGCCAGCAUCAUCACCCGGUGGUCCUCCUGCUCCUGCUGCCGCAGCAGCUGCGGCCGCCGCAGGUUCGCCCUCAGGUUCGCCCUCAGGUUCAUCGCUGACUGCCGCAUGCUCCUGCUGGUGCCUCUUCGAUCUGCGUGGCGCGGGAACUUCACUCUCCAGCGCUGCUGGUGGGGGCUCGUGGAUUGCCCUCGCCGCAGCUCGGACGGCAGGCCUCCUUCCAGCCCGUGAGCUACGGCCAGACGACACAGACGCGGCCGCAGGGAGAACGUCAGCCGGCUCCUCCAAGUGCUGUUGCUGUGGUGGGGGUGGGGGCUCACUGGCCGCCCGUGGCGGCGCGGGUGGCCCUUCGGGUCUCCUAUGUGGCAUGGGUGUGCUCCUACUUCUGUCUGGGACAUCAGGCUGGGACUGGAUGGACGGCUGCAGGCAGGGGGGCAUCGAGGGUGGAAAUAGAGCCGACAAGCCAUGGACGACCUGCGGGUACUGCACAGGCACCUGUGGCUGUGCCGCUGCGGCUGCAGCAGCAGCUGCUGCUGCCAGCCGUGGCGGUGGUGCUGGCUGUGUAGCUGGCGGUGCCGCUGCCAGUGCCGGUGGGGCUUUCUCUUCUUCUUCAGAAGCCGCCUUGUCUGGCUCUUCGGGGGAUUGCGGUGGCUCAACUUGUGCGUCUUCGGGCUUUGGCACCGUCGCAGCAGCAGCUGCAGCUGGCCGUUCUGCCUCAACGACUUGGUCUCUCAACGUCUCGGUGUCCAUCGGCACGGCUGCUGGCUUCUUGGAUGCGCCUGACUCGUCGACGAUGGGCUGCUGUCGCUCCAUCUCGAUGUCCUCCUGCCUCUCCGCUGGCACCACCUCAGCCGCCACGGGCUCGACCGCCUUCGUGGGCGAAGGAACACCACCCUCUCUCUCCUCUGCCGCAAUGGGAGCAGCGGCAGCAGUGGCAGCAGCAACGGGCUGUCCCGCCUCCGCCUCGACUUGGGCAGGCGAGGCAUUGCCUGGGUGUUCCGCAGGCUGACUGGACGAUGGGGUAGACUGCUUCUUGCCAACAGCUGCUCCCUUGCGCUUCUUCGUCAGGACCGUAGACGCCACUGGAUCGUCGCCCAGGAACGCAGGCCAGCGGACAGCUGGCGGCCCAACUUGCAGCAACGGCACCUGGUCUGUCGGCCCUUGGAGUGGCGGCAUCUCCUGCUCUCUCUUGGUGGGCUGCACCUGCGGCCCCUUGUUGUCCUUGCCCGGGCUGCCCUUGCCCGCCACGCGACGGCGCUUCUUGCCCUUGGAGAGCUUGUCCAGCGUGACCUCUGGGCUGGAGUCCUCCCCACCCUCCUUGGCCUUGCUGGCCGCCGCCUCGGCCUUCUGCGGCACGACCCGCUCUUCAGUCUCCUCGUCGAUUGGCGCAGCCGACUCGGCCAGCUGUUCCCUGGCCUUGUCGCCAGCCUCCCUGGCCGCCUUGCGCUGGGGGGGUCGCGAGGGGGCAGACACAGUGGCUGCAGCAGCAGCAGCAGCCGGCUGCUCCUCAGCCUUGGCCGCAGCUUUGGCUUCAACCUUGGUCUUCUUCUUGGGCGGCUCGGGGAUGUCGGGCUCACGCUGCGUCUCCUCUUGCUUGACCGGUGGAAAGCCCUCCAGGUCAGCAACUGGCUGUUUCUCCGCUGGAGUGCCCUCGACGUCUGCAGCUGGGCCCGCAGGCUGAGCUUUCCUCUUGUCCACGUCGGGCGGUGGGGGGGCGGGAACAGCGUCAUCCUUUGGCUGGGCCGGCUCGAGCACAGCUGCAGGGGCGGGUGCAGGGCCAGGUAGGGGCGGGGGCGGGGCUGGCGUGGUGUCCUUGUCCUCCUCCUCCGCCUCUUGGUCACGAGGACGCUUUAGACGCUGGACACAACGCAAGAGGAAAGCACAUGCAUAGACUUAUCCGCCCCCCAUGUGACUGACAUGAUCCAUCGGCAUGGCUGAGUGACGGACUGACCUUUUUCGGCUUGGCGGCUUUUUCCUCAGCGGGUGGCUCCUUUGCAGCUGGCGGCCUGGCCUCCUCCUUGGCGGCAGCCUUGCCCCGGGGCUUCUCGGCCGCCUUGGGCUUGGCCUUGCUUUGCACCGCGGCAGGAGCGGCAGGCUUGGCCCUUUCCUCCUCCUUGGCCUUGGCCUCUGCGAGUUUCUUCCGCCUGUUGUCCCUCUCCUUGUCCUUGGCGGCCUCCUGGUCCUUCCUCUGCUGCUCCCGCCGCUUGGCCGCCUCCACCUCACGCGCACGCUUCUCCUUGUCCUUGCUAACACCCAGGCCCGCCUUGACUGCCUUCUUGGCCUCAGCCUCGCCCCUCUUGCCCUGUCUGACUGACGCCCCACCCGCCCCACCCGCUGCUGCUCCGGCCCCAGCAGUUGCCUGUUUGGCCGGCUUCUUCUUGAUCUGCGGCACGGCAGUCGUCUUGGGCUUGGGCUUGACGGCAGCGAGGACGGCCAGCGCAGGAGCGGCCGGCUCCUCCUUCUUGCUUUCCUCCUUCGCCUUCUCCUCGGGCACACGCUUCUUGGGUGGGGGCCAGACGACGGCCGGCUCGUCCAUUGGGGGCCGAAUGGACCCCGGCUGCGACAGAUACUCGAUGGAUCGGCGGGCGUCGACAGACAGCUCGCGCUGGGCGGGGCGGCGAGACCACGGAAGGCCCAGGUCCUCGUCCGAUGAGGGCUCGUCACACCGGGUGAUGUACGCCGAGUCGGCCGAUGCGGCAUUGGCGGUGGCACUGAUGGCCUCCUGGGGGAUGUCGGGCACCUUGAACCCCUCGUCAUUGGUCACACCAUUGACAAGCUGGUCGGCACCCGAGGAUGCGGCAGCGGCACACGAGUCUUGCGGGAGGUCGAGGCGGGUGAUGUCGUCGGGCGUGGGUUGGAAGAAGACGAAGGGCACGUCCUGCAGCGAGCGGGUGUGGUGUGUGGGGUCCCAGAUGUGCAUGGUGGCGAUGGCGACGAUGGUGGCGCGGCCGACGCCCCGCUGGACGGUGUGGAACAGAUCCGUGUUGAUGAUCCUAUCCACCGUGCUGCUGUCCUCGGCGAUGCAGAUACCCAUCUUGAGCCACUGGUGAUACCUGACACACACACACACACAGAGAGAGAGAGAGAGACCAACGGGCGUCCAAUCUGCCUGCCCAUCACAUGAAGGGCCCUCCCUCUCUCCCCGUCUGUCUGCACGGUCCCUCCCUUGGCUCACGUCAAUUUGAAGUUAGUGAUUCUGAGUUCGUAUGUCAUUCUCCUCCUGACGUAGAGGCCGAGGAUGUCCUUGACCUGCUGCCUGUCGGUGAUGGUCGGCAGCAGCCCAACCAGUGCGUCGGCCUUCCGCUCCUCGCACCGCCACACCGGAAUCCUCUCGGCAGGGAGACCCGGCGCGCUCAUCAUGCAAUCCCGUGCCUGACACUCCUCACGCUCCUAACACACACAAGACAGAGCGGGAAACUCUCCAUCCACCCACCCACGGCUACUUGGCUGACUCAUGUGUGACAUAUAUGAGGGGCACCGCACCCACCUGUUUGUCUCCAAACUUGCGGUCGGCCUCGAGUUUGGCCAUAACGAGUCGAGCGGGUGCCAGCAGCUGAAAGGGGUCAGGGUGUGGCGUGAUGCGGAAGCGGUAGAGCUCCAGCUUGCGGCCGUGCAUGUGGCUGAAGAAGCGGCCGCAGCGCUUCUCCUUGCGGAAGGUCAGGAGGGCCACGUUGGUCUCGAGCCGCAUGCGGGGCCCCCGGGGGUCGGUGAGGCGAGUGUAGUAGGGGCUGUCCUGGGGCUCCAUCAGGGUCAGGCUCGUGAUGCCCAGGAACUUGUUGGCCUCCUCACGCAGACUGUCGUCGGGGAACUGACGCUUCAGACGAAUGUUCUUGUCCCGCACCUCCAGAAAAUGAUACCUUAAGGCACACACAUCCAGAGAGAGAGAAAGGGAAGGACCCCACAACACCGAUCGGUUCAUCACGUGUGUGCUCAUUGUGGGUGUCCAUCCCGUUCUUUGUCCCCUCCGAGGGUGGGUGGUUGCUUACAGGAGUUCUCUGAGCAGCUGGGUCUCGGUGAGGCAGUAGUAGACAUUGACGAGGCAGAGGGACAGGGUGGCAUCCGCGAAGGGUGCGGGCCACUCGUCGUGGCACCAUGUGGUGGACCUGUUGGCCAGGGACACCUCCCGCUCCGGCGCACACUCCGCCGGCCACUCGACUUGCAUUGGCAUCAUCAGCGUCCGCGUCUCCUUCUUGCCGCACCCCACCUCCACCGGACCCAGCAGAAACUUGCGGCAGCCCUCGGGGAACUCGGCGCAUGGCCUGGUCUGCGGCAGCUCCUGCUUGCGGGCCUUGGCAAACCGCACCAAGUCGCUCUGGGGGUUCUGUGCGAGGUGGGUGUCGAGAAGGGCCUCGCACGUCAGCUCCAGCGGGUUGACGUCCGUCAGGACCUGUGACACGCAUGAGAGGCAACGCACGAGACGACACGACACACAUGUUUGCUCGUGACUCCGGCCUGGCCAUGAGUGGCGUGCGUCAUGGCAUGGCCACUCCCUCCCUCACCCACCCGUGGUGAGUUGAGGGUGUGGGCCAUGGGAUCUGCCUCACGGCACACGUAGAAGUCCUUUCGGGGCGGCUUGGGUGGCGGGAGCCGGAUCUUGGGGUCGGGAUACAGCUCCCUCUUGAUUCUCCUGCACUCCUGCACGCGCCGCUCGCUCCAAUCCCUGUCUUGGUAGAGGUCUGCCGUCCCUCGAGACCCGAGUGGGAGCUGUGUGGCAGAAGGCAGGGCGGGCGGCACCGGGGGACUCUGGUGGGACUCCUCCUUGACCUGCACGCUCCCACCAACACCGUCGCGAGGAGCAUCGCCGUUGACAACGGCAGCAGCUGCUGCUGCUGCUGCAGCCACUGCAUUCGAAAACGACUUCUGAAGCACAGGAGGGAAACACAGCGAGGGAGAGAGGGCCACAGCCAACAGAUGGGUGACACUCAAUUGCUCUCUGAUGAUAUUGGCUCUCUCUUCGCGGCGUGUGGUACCGGUGGAGGAUCCAUGUUAUUUUCAAGUUGUAGUAGGUGGAUAGGGAAAGAAAGUC